CGACAACCUAGUCCGACAAAAGUUGUGACGUAAACUCUUAUCGUCGGUAACUUACGACCACUGAUUUCCCGAAACAGCAAACUGCCCAAAAAGCUUAAACCACUCCAUCUCCGGCUAACAGCCACCACAGAGACGAUUCUCUCCAGCCGCUUCUAUGACUUCCAUUCUCAACACCGUCUCCUCCAUCCACGCCUCCAGAGUUUCCUCCGUCGGAGCGCUCUCUCUCCGAAACCCUGUUUCCGUUGAGUUCACUCGCCGGCGUUCCGUUUGGUCCACGUCGGAAUCCGAAUCGUCUGGGAGAAGAUUUGUUGUGCGUGCGGCGGAGACUGAUACAGAUAAAGUUAAAUCUCAGGUGCCUGACAAGGCACCAGCAGCCGGUGGUGGUUCGAGUAUUAACCAGCUUCUUGGUAUCAAAGGAGCAGCUCAAGAGACUAAUAAAUGGAAGAUUCGUCUUCAGCUUACAAAGCCAGUUACUUGGCCUCCAUUAGUCUGGGGAGUUGUCUGUGGUGCUGCUGCUUCAGGGAACUUCCACUGGACGCCAGAGGACGUUGCUAAGUCGAUUCUUUGCAUGAUGAUGUCUGGCCCAUGUCUUACUGGCUAUACACAGACAAUCAACGACUGGUAUGAUCGAGAGAUUGAUGCAAUUAAUGAGCCAUAUCGCCCUAUCCCAUCCGGAGCAAUAUCAGAGCAAGAGGUUAUUACACAAGUGUGGGUGCUAUUACUGGGAGGUCUUGGGAUCGCUGGAGUCUUAGAUGUGUGGGCAGGACAUACCACUCCCACUUUGUUCUACCUUGCUUUGGGAGGAUCCUUGUUGUCUUAUAUUUACUCUGCUCCACCUCUUAAGCUGAAACAAAAUGGAUGGGUUGGAAAUUUUGCGCUUGGAGCAAGCUAUAUCAGUUUGCCAUGGUGGGCUGGGCAAGCAUUGUUUGGCACUCUUACACCAAACGUUGUUGUUCUAACACUCUUGUACAGUAUAGCUGGGUUGGGAAUAGCGAUUGUUAAUGACUUUAAAAGUGUUGAAGGAGACAGAGCAAUGGGACUUCAGUCUCUCCCUGUAGCUUUUGGCACUGAGGCUGCCAAAUGGAUAUGCGUUAGUGCUAUAGACGUUACUCAGCUCUCUGUUGCCGGAUAUCUAUUAGCAUCUGGCAAACCUUACUAUGCGUUGGCGCUGCUUGCUUUGAUCAUUCCACAGAUUGUUUUCCAGUUUAAAUACUUUCUCAAGGACCCUGUCAAAUACGACGUCAAGUACCAGGCCAGUGCACAGCCAUUCUUGGUGCUCGGUAUAUUCGUGACGGCAUUAGCAUCAAGUCACUGAACGAGCAUAUUAUGAUCAGUUUUGGCCACCAAUCAAAUGCUCCAAUUGCGACCCACAAGUUUGUGCAAGCGGGUUAGCAUGCUGUAAAAACAACAUGUAUCUACCAUCACUUGAAAUGACUCUUGUUGUAACAACUUAAAGCGUCUUGGGUGAAAUUGAAAUCAUUUCUUAUAAUCCCUUCCUAGGGUUCGACUGUUAUGAAUCUACACAUGAUUUUACUGCUCGGUCUUGUUAGUUUCACCGGAUGCUUAUAUGUUUUCUAUUGAUUGUUA